AUGCACUAUGUUGUACCGAUAGUGUUAAAGUUGAGCCAUAUGUUCCUCCGCACUCGUUUAUUGCUGCCGAUGAUUUCAAGACUGCCAAAGGACCUUGCGAAGUACCUGCACUACCUUGUGGCUAACAGAACAGCCUAUUUGGAAUAUUUCAAAUGGAGGCUGGAUUACCGCGUCAUUUUUCUCGACGGUGAACGCCACAACAGCUUAGAGCGACCAUGGGGGCUCUGC